AACAGAAAAUAAUAAUAAUAAAAGAAAAUGAAAUAAAAAAUUCAAAAUGCGGAACCGGUCUCCUCCGCCGCCACCUUUUUUGGCGCCAAAGUCAGUCUCGUCCCGCCAGGCGCCGAGGGAGGACGGACGCUGCGACGCUCGCGGCUCCAAAGAAAGAAAGAAAGAGAGAAAGAAGACGAAAGAAAGGGAAAAGGGGAGAAGAAGAAGAAGGAUAAAAAAAAGAAAGAAGAGAGCAAAGGAAAGAAAAGAGUCCCGGUUGGCGAGAAGUAGAAAGUUUCGUUUCGCUGCAACAGGCCAUGACGAGCGGGACGCGCUUCCUCCUGGCGGCGGCGACGCUGCUGGCGACGCUUCCCCCGGGCGACGGCCAGGCCGAGCCGGGAGCCGCCGACGGCUGGCUUUUCCCCCUGUCGCCGCUCCACGCCUGGGAGGAUUCUGACGACGCGUCGACGUCGACGAGCGGCUGGGAGACGAGCGGCGUCCUGUCCAGCGCCCCCGACGCCGAGAGCAGCGACCUCGAGAGCAGCGACCUCGAGGGCCGCUCGGGGACCGGGUUCGCCGAGCACUACGACCAGGACCUCGACGCGCCCCCGGACGACAGCGCCCUCUAUGCCGACGACGACGCGGGCCAAGGCUACUGCUUCCCGGACGAGGCCGGGCCGCACGCGGGGCUCGCCACCAUGACGCCCUACAGCUGGGCGCGCGCGCACAACCUGUCCGCCGCGAAGGUCACUCCGGAAGGGUGCCGCCCUGUCCAGCUGUGGCACCUGAUCCGCCACGGCAGCCGCAGUAUGCACAGGAUGGACCUCAUGAAGAUAGAGACCCAGCUGCCCCUCCUCCAGAAGAAGAUUCUAGCUGCUCACUCCUUAGGCAAUGGCGAACUGUGCACCCAGGACCUGGCCCUGAUCCGCGGCUGGAAACUCAGAGACAUGGACAAGGGCAAGGCAGGCACGCUCACCCCGGAAGGGAGAGCCGAGGUGGAGGGCAUCGCGUCCAGGUUCAAGGCUGCGUUCCCCGACCUGGUCUACAAGCGGUAUAGCAUCUCAAAAACUGCCGCGGAGAACGUUCGACAACAACCUGGCGAAGGAACCAAGAUUGCCUACGCACCUUCCCGCCAGACCUACGAAAGCGCCGUGACCUACCUCGAGGCUUUGUACGGCCGCCAGUGGGGUCAUGUCGGCCUCUCCGUGACAGGCUCUCAAAGUCUGCAGUACUUCCGCUACUGCAAGAAUUACAUCAACAAAGUGAUGGCUCUGAACAAGAAGCGCAAACCCUUUCAUAUCUUCACCAAAGGGACAUUUAUGGAAGGCGUCAUGGGCAGGGUCUCCAGACGAACUGGUGUUAUCAUCAAUUUAACCAAGCUCCGCACCAUGUACAACGCCUGUCGGUACCAGAAGGCAUGGGCUCCGCAGGAUCCGUCCCCGUGGUGCGUCGUCUUCACCCCAAGCGAUCUUCAGGUGCUGGAAUAUUGGGAAGACCUGCGAGUGUACCACGACCACGGCUACGCUCACCCAGUUACCUACAAGCAGGCCUGUGUUUUGGGCACAGACAUGCUCACACAUUUCCGAGAACGGACUGAGCAUGGGAUCAGUGAUACCGAUUCUACAGCGUACUUUGUCAAUGUGGAAGCAUUUGUACCGUUUAUGGCGUUGUUAGGUUUAUUCAAGGACUCCGAGCCGCUCACUAGUGAAGCAGUUAACAUGGAUCGUGUGUGGAAGACCUCGAAGUUCGCUGGAUAUGGGAGUAAUUUUGGGUUACUCCUCUCCUCAUGUGGAAGCAACAGUGUUGGUGCUAAUUGGUGGGUAACCGCCAUUCUCAACGAAGAGAAGAUCAAGUUGCCAGGCUGCGAAACUAGCUUGGGUUGCCCCUGGGAGAGGUUUGUAAGCGAGUACGAUUUCCUUGAAGACUGUGACUUCCCUCGCCUGUGUAAACAGCGAUCAUAUAAAAUGUGUCCCUCGCAGAACUGGCAUUUGACCUACAUCAUGAACAACUGGAUGUAAGGGGACCGGAUAAGCUGAAGAAGCUUUUACAACAGGAUUCUCUUUUUCAUUUUACGUUGCAUAAUGAAUAAUGGACUUUGGAGUUUAUUUUAGUUUAUGCACUUAUUACUAGAAUGUUUUUUUUAUGGAGAUGCAUUAUUAAGAUUCAUAAUUAAUUUUGUGAGUUAGUAUGAAGAAAGUAUCAAAUAAAUAUAUGUAGCAA